GGGGAGUUGGUGCCGACGCUGCCGGACGGGCACUUCAGGGGGAUCCUGUAUGACACCUACCCGCUGUCGGAGGAGACCUGGCACACGCAUCAGUUCACCUUCAUCAAGGACCAUGCCUUCCGCUUGCUGCAGCCCGGCGGGGUCCUCACCUACUGCAACCUGACCUCCUGGGGGGAGCUGCUGAAGACCAAGUACACCGACAUCGAGAAGAUGUUUGAGGAGACGCAGGUAGGGCACCUGGUGGAGGCCGGGUUCAAGAAGGAGAAAAUCAGCACGACGGUGAUGGACCUGGUCCCCCCCAGGGACUGCAGGUACUACUCCUUCCACAAGAUGAUCACGCCCACCAUCGUUAAGCACUGAGGCAGCCUGGCACCGUCCCUCGGGGCUGCCCCGAAGCCGCAGGAAGCAAACGCUAAGGAGGAGAGGCUGAUUACGUGCGCUGCCAGGAGGAGAAAAGCUCUUAUCUCCUUCGAUGCUAAUGAGAGAAGAUUGAAGCUGACUUAUCUGGAGGCGGGAGACGGCUGGAGGCUUGGGAUGGAAGUCCUGGGUCUCCAGGGGCCCUCCUGGACAAAAGGACUCCCUGCCCCACUGCGGGUGCCACCCCCCUGCCCUGGAGGGGUCUUCUGGGCUCUGUGGAGGAAGGUCCCACCCUGCGCCUGUCCCAGAGGCAGGUUUCCACUCAACCCCUCGUCUCCAAAUACCUCGAUUAAGCUGCAAUUCGAGAGCGUAGAUCAGAGCCUUUAGCCAAAGGGGUUCAAGGACGAGACAUUUCCUCUAAAAACCGGAUCAUUUUUAGAAAUCACGGGGUGGCUUUCCACACACGAGCCAAGUAAUCUAACCCCGGCGGGAGAACUGGGGAAGACGGGGCACUCGGAGGCAUUUCGGCUGCUCCUGGAGCAACUCCCCAGUGAAGUCUCCCCGAUGCUUUUGGCUGAAGCCCACUGCAGCAAGCUCUGAUCCUGACAACCUCCUGGCAGUUCAGUAGCGCAUAAAUGACGUUUCCUCUCUCUACCCAGAAGGGAUAAAAAUCCAUUAAAAAGGAAUGAAAUACACA